UCAUUUUAAAUAUGAAAUCUCAUUAUUCUGUUGUCUCUGUGAUUGGUUUGUUUUGGUGUGUGUCUGCAGGUCUCACCGCUGCGUUACUGGGGUUCACAUUUGUUUACUUUCUGUAGGCCUCCGCUCACUUCUGGCUGAAAUUUUAAAAAAAGGCCAAUAAUAAUAGGAAUAACCCUAAAUGAGCAUAAAGAUUUCAUUUGCUUAUUUUUUUUAGACCAAUCUCAUCUGAAGUUAUGGAAACAUUGUAGCAGUCUCUGAUUCAGACUAUGAGGUUAUGAUCGUAAGACUUCAUGCAUGACAGACGGUCCAGCUUCCGUUGUUUGGAGGGUUUCAUUUUGUUUCCGGUUAAUGAGGCUUCACUUCUCAUCAUGUCAGUUCUGAGACCUGAUCAUAUUUUUAAGUGUGCUGUUUUUAUGAUGUGGUUUUAUGUCACAGUCAGUUACUGAAACAGCUCAAGCCCACAGAACUGCAGACACGAGGGAUGAUUCAAACAUAUGUCAACGUCAUAAAAAACAAAAUGAUCAGAGUGUUUAAUGUUUUUAUUUGCAUUUUCUAACACACUUACCAGACAUUUCAACAAUAUAUUUAAAUGUAAUAUUGCACACUAAGAGUUCAGGAAGUACAUACAAACCAUCAGCUUCUUUCUAUAGCCCCACAUUCUCCAGCCCUACCCUCUUUUUUUAAAUUAUUUGAUUAACCACAUUUUAGGAGGAAGACCAAAGUGUUACGAGAUGGUACUUUGACAUUUUCUUGAUACCGCUCAACCUCUGAUGUACACCAAACUUUUCAUUAAAACUGUUGAAAAAAGAUGUGACUAGGGAUUUCAAGAAAUGCUGUUUUUUAAUGUUGUUGAUUGUUUUUCCAUUGUAUUCUCCAGGAAAAGUGUAAACUUCAUCCUACUCUGUUCCAGCACACACAUUGUGUGGACAUAGAGAUAUACAUGAAAACUUGAAGUUUUUUAAGUUGUGCUUUUUCUUCUUUUCUCUUAUUUCAGUUAUAUUUCCAUCUUUGAAAUAAUCUCUCUCUCUCGCCCUCCCUCCCCCUUUGACUUUUGAGGGAAUUGUUGUUUUGAUUUGGCAGGAUAUAAAUAAAAGACAAUGGCUGUUUACACACCUGACACGUGGUAAAAUUCUGUCACCAGAAUCAUGUGGCCUGGAAGUAUCUGCAUGACAGCGAUAAGAACUACUUGAAUUCUCCAGAUACUAAGAAAAAGAGCUUCAAUGCUUCCCUUAUUAAUUAAGCAUUAUUAAAAUGCUGUUCUAUAAAAUACACCAUCCAGCCAUUCAUGUAAACCAGCAACAGAACUGUAAAUGUCAAGUAACAGUGUGUUUUACAUUCCAUGCCAAAAGCUGCUGACACUGCCAGUUUAAAUACAACCGGAUACACUCUUCUCUUAUUCUAAGUCCUGGUUAAUUUUCCUAUCCAGCUUUCCUUAUAUUGUUUCCCACUUAGAUCGAGGAAAACUGGUUAGAAAAGGAGAGAAGAGGUACUAUUCAAACAUACCCUCAGUCUUUUCAGCUCUGGUUUCCUUGCAGCUGGCUAGCAGAAAGGCAGACAUUGUGUAACUAAAGUGAAGCAAACAGGAAAAAGUCAAACUGUCCUCAGAUCCUUUUGUGGAUGGAACUUCUGAAUGUUCAGUCACUCAGUUUAAACAAACAGGAGGUGGAGGAGUGGAUGAGAAGUCAGGGUGGAUGUAAACAGAAUCACGAACCUGCAGAGUACCGUGAAACCAGGGAUUCAGGCUCCACAGCGCAGCACAGCGACACAGGGAGCCGUGCAGAUGCGCAUUAAAAACUCUCCGAGCUCCGGAGACCGUCUGAGUCAGUCCAAGUCGAUGGUGCUGCAGGAGACCGACCUUCCUCAGAAACCUAUCUCUCGACAUCGCAGGAAUCAGUCUCAGCACAAUGUUGUGGUAGCAGGAGCUGCUACAUUUGAACCUCUGGUGGAUUUGAAAGGCGAAAUCAUGAAUAUGGCUAAAAUUUCAGACAGUGGUAAGAAGCAGAGGAAGAACUGGUCUUCAGUGUGGACUGUGCUCACCUCAGACCAGUUAAUGUUUUAUAAAGACAAACAGGAAACUGGACUGAAACCAGGAGGUAAGGCAGAUGUGCUUCAGCUGUGUGGAGCAUUCAUUGAGUGGAAUACUGAGAAAUCAAGCAGGAAAAAUGUCUUCCAGAUUAAAACAAGCACAGGAAGUGAGUACCUUGUCCAGACUGACAGUUACUCCACUGCCAGCAAAUGGUACGACGCCAUCAAAAAGACCGUCGACUCUUCAACUAAAGAAGGUUUUCCUCUGCGGAGAUCAAACAGUACAGACUACCUGCCCAGACACAGCUCCCUACCUGGAUAUGGAUCUGCUUCUCCUGGUGUCAAACAACGUAACCCAAUACACCGACGAUCUAUCAACAUGUUUGGCAGCUCAAAGCUGAAGCACAGCGCCUCAGAUAGCGCAGACAAGAAUGGAGUGAAAAACCGGCUGAAGAAAUUCAUCAUCAGACGUCCAUCCAUGAAGACUCUACAGGAGAAAGGCCUGAUAAAAGAUCGAGUGUUUGGCUGCCAUCUGUCGAGUCUCUGUGAGCGUGAAGGGACCACGGUACCAAAGUUUGUUCGGAUCUGUGUGGACGCUGUUGAGAAACGAGGUCUGGAAGCUGACGGGAUCUACAGAGUCAGUGGAAACCUGGCCACAAUCCAGAAACUUCGCUUCCUCGUCGAUGAAGAGGAGGACCUGGACCUGGAACACAGUCAGUGGGAGGAUGUCCACGUCGUCACCGGAGCCCUCAAAAUGUUUUUCCGUGAACUGCCGGAGCCACUGUUUCCAUUUAGGUUUUUCCAGCCUUUUGUGGAGGCCAUCAAGAUCAAAGAACCCAAACAAAAAGUUCAGGCUGUGGAGAAACUGAUACAGCAGCUGCCCAAACCCAACCAUGACACCAUGAAGCUUCUCUUCAGCCACCUGCACAAAGUUCUGGCCUUUUCCAGGAAGAACCUGAUGUCCACUCAGGGCAUCGGAAUCGUGUUCGGUCCAACGCUGAUGUGGCCUGAACUGGACGCCGGAAACAUGGCGGUCAACAUGGUGUAUCAGAAUCAGAUUGUGGAGUUCAUUCUCACUGAAAGCCAAGAAAUCUUCAACUUGGACGGGAAGUAAAAGGUGCUGAGCGGGACCAAAUCAGCUGAUGGACUCACGUUUACAGAUAUUAGAAGCCAUGUCUGGUUUGGGCCGGGAUGUAAAAACUGGAAUUUUCAGAAGAUAUUUUGUCAGAGUUUAUAUUGCAUUAGCACAAAUCUAUAAUUAAAUGUUUUGACCCUUUUACCUCUGCCACAAUCGGUGUUGUUUUCAAAUACAAAAAUAUACAGUACUCCAAUAAAUAAUUCUAAUGAUUUUCUGUA